AUGGCAGAUUUGAAGCGAUCUUUGGAAGAUAAGAGUAGAGCUCCCCCGAGCGAUAUCCUAGUGAAGGCUUUUCAACUGUUCUUCACAUCACGAGUGGAGAAUCCUGGAGCUAUCAACCAAUUCCAGGCUCGCUUGCUGUCUCUUACGUGGAAGCAUUUGAAGGCACUACAAAAUGACCUUGAGGACAGUGAAUGGCAGGAUGUAUUCUCUGUGGAAAAUCUGGAAAGGAUGCUCUUUGUGUUUUCUGAGGCACAGUGUCUUCCAGAGGCACGCGAUACUGUCCUCAAGAUCGCACGUUUCGCCUACCUCGAAUUAUGUGCGGAUCAUGGAUUCGGUCCGAACUCGAUUAGUCGACCAGCACUACUGGUUUACAUCAAUUUGAUGGCUAGCAAUGGUAACCCUGAGGAGGCUCGUCAUGUCAUUUUUAAGUUCGGGGGCCAAUUGCGUGGUGCAAAACCGUCUCCUUGGCUGAGUGUUCUAAAAGGAUUUGCAUUGAAGGACGACCGACGCCAGCUACGAAAAGUGACACAGGAUCUCGAAGAGUAUGGCGUCAAGUUUGAUCAAGCUUCCCAUGAGGAGUUGGCCAAACUUCUGAUCUCCCAAGAUCUCUUCGUUGCAGUUCAGACAGUCUACGAGUGCCCAAUCUCCGGAGACCUGGAACCCUCUGUAUCCGCCAAGAUUGCUGCCAUCCAUUAUGCGCUUCUCAAAUCUGAAGUCUCAUGGGCCAAGCCCAUCUUUGACUCCCUUCCACGGAAAAUAGGCCCCGAGACAAUUGGUAUCAACUUGCUUUGGGAUGCAGCCCAGGGUAACAGUGCAUCGUCUCUUGCAGAGAAGGUAGAACCGUCGUUGAGUGCAGCUCUAACUAUUGUGGAUGUCAACAAUCUUAUUCAAUAUGCAAACUCGCAAUCUAAUCCACAGCUAGCCGCCGACUAUGCAAAUCUAGCUGGCCAGUGGGAUCUCGUUCCCGAUGAACAGACGCAUCUGUUACAGCUGGAAUCCUUUAUUCAGGCUGGUGAUGUGGAGCGCACACUCGCCAUUCUCGAACAACAGAUUGAUCCAAGCACCUUGACAGGCGAUAAUCUACCCUUGGCUAACAAGCUUAUCACCAUGCUUUGCCUAUCAGAUCAAAAAGACGAACUGUUCCAACAGAUCUCUUCCCUCCUAGACCCAUUGUUUCAAGAAAAUGUGCAAUUGAAUGCAGAUACCCUCGCUGCAUUAACACGGAUGCUGCUGUAUCGCUACGACUGGGAAGCUGUGUCUGACCUUCUCCGUCCGCGAUUGGGAACUCUCGAUAGCGAAGGGAAAACUUUAGUCCGUACUGCACUGACGGACUUCAUGCUGGACAAGGAACAAACCGACUCGAAUGUGUGGGAAGUCUACCAGCUAUUUAAACUCGCCUUCUCUGAGGCGGGUGUCAGCAUCCGCACAGAGCUCAUGUGCUCUCUCUUUGAUAGAAAACGCAGCGACCUAGCGGUUCUGGUUUUCGGGCACAUGCGUCAGGCAGAAGAUCUAAGCCGUCGACCCAAGCCGGAUACAUAUGCUAGGUGUUUCCAGGGCUUGUCUCGAACAGCCGACACGACAAAUCUGGAGUUGGUACACAAUAUGCUCAAGCUUGAUCUUGAAGUAGAGUUGAAUACUCGGAUUUUCAAUGGUUUGAUGCUUGCAUAUGCCGCGUGCGAGAUGCCCGAGAAGAGUAUGGAAAUUUUCCAUCAAAUCCUACAGUCAGACGAAGGGCCCUCAGAAAAGACCAUUGCUAUAUUCUUCCACGUGUGUGAGAGACACCACAACGGCGCACAAGAAGCGAUUAAGAUGAUGGCCAAGGUCAAAAAGCUUGAGAUAGCUGUUGACCGCCGAAUGUACACAGCAUACAUCGAAUCAUUAGCCGCGCAAUGCGAAUUUGAUGUAGCGACCGCAGCCAUCGACAACAUGCAAGCUGAGAUUGGGCUCCCUCCUACCAGUACUACGAUUGGACUAUUCUAUAACGCAAUUCCAUAUCAAUAUUGGAAAGACGAGGUUGAGCAAUGGGCUCUCCAGAAAUACCCCGAGCUGUGGACGCACAUGGCUGAAACACCUCGAAGCGAGCAUGAGGAAGGCCAAAAGUUUGAUGGCAUCACAAACGAGGUAUGGGUAUAG